AUGUCUGAAUCACAGGAAUUCACCUACUCGCAAAUCGCGGAGCACAACACCAAGAAGGACCUCUACCUGAUCGUCCACGACAAGGUCUACGACUGCACCAGCUUCGUCGACGAGCACCCUGGUGGCGAAGAAGUCCUCCUCGAUGUUGGUGGCCAGGACAGCACCGAAGCCUUCGAAGAUGUCGGCCACAGUGACGAGGCGCGUGAGAUUCUCGACGGUCUCCUCGUCGGCACAGUGAAGCGCAUGCCUGGCGACCCCGCGCCCCAGAGCCACGCUGCCCCCGCCUCCUCAUCCUCCUCUUCCUCCUCCACCGCCGGCUUCGGUGUCGGUCUCUACGCCGUCAUCCUCAUCGGUGGUGCCAUCGCCUACGGCGCAUACAACUACCUCCAGGCUCAACAGCAGCAGCAACAGUAA